GCAUGCGCAAACCACCAGAGAACCAGCGGGGAUCGCUCUUGCAUCUUUGGGUCUGAUUUCGUUGACCAUUGUAAACACUAUAUUGUAUAACAGCAACUUGUUUCUGCCUGCGGUCAACAGCAAGUCCAAGGACUCAAGAAUAUGCCCAAAAAUAAAGGUAAGGGAGGAAAGAAUCGGCGACGUGGAAAGAAUGAAAAUGAAUCUGAGAAGAGAGAGUUGGUGUUCAAAGAGGAUGGACAAGAAUAUGCUCAGGUGAUUAAAAUGCUGGGGAAUGGACGUCUAGAGGCUAUGUGUUUUGAUGGAGUCAAGCGGCUUUGCCACAUCAGGGGAAAACUCCGGAAAAAGGUGUGGAUCAACACAUCAGAUAUCAUUCUGGUUGGGUUGAGAGAUUACCAGGACAACAAAGCUGACGUCAUCCUCAAGUAUAACGCAGAUGAGGCUCGCAGUUUGAAAGCCUACGGGGAGCUGCCUGAGCAUGCCAAAAUCAACGAGACAGACACCUUCGGUCCUGGAGAUGAUGAUGAGAUCCAGUUUGAUGACAUUGGCGAUGAUGAUGAAGACAUUGAUGAUUUCAACUUUGGCCGCAAGUUAAUAUCGACAGCACAGAUAAUGGCGGCUUAUCUGCGAAGGGCCGCAGAGAUGGAGGCAAAACAUGUGGCGGCACUGGCGUGUGUCACGUAUGCCUCCGCGGUGCGUGCCCGUGAAAAAAACUGCCAAACAUGA